AUGGCGACCACCGAACGGAAACCUGCAGCGGAAUUAUCCAAGUCAACCACCCCUGUCAGCUCCCUUACAGUCACUCCUCCCGUCACGCCGAAUGCGACAAGUACAACGGCGCACCAGUUAGUUUCCGAGAUCAGAAACAUAUACACGGUACUCAGCGAACUAUCUUCCUUAGCGCCUUCAGAGCAGGUCAACUCUCUCCUCACGCGACUCGUGAACCUUUGCGUCGUGCCGUAUAGUGCGGAAUUUACAACCUACUUCUUCCGCAUACCAGGCGUAGAGAGCCUAUGCUCAAAUUUGCGACCGCUAUGUUCAGAAGCCGAAGGGGAGUUGGAGCAGUUCUGGGCGAAGCGCAUGCUCAAUGAUCUUGGCACAAGACAACAACCACCUAAAACCGUUCUUCGAACGUUCCCAUACUACCAAAACUACGUCGAUCUCUCCCGUCUGGAAUGCUCAGCCAUAGAAGCUUUCCUCCCCACGUCACCUACCAAAAUUGCCUUUAUUGGCUCUGGUCCAUUACCACUCACCUCUCUCUGUUUCUUAGAUCGCUACCCCGCCGCCAAAGUGCACAACGUCGAUCGAGAUUCUUCCGCGCUACAUGUCAGCGAAUCGUUGUGUAAGCGAAUAGGCUACGGCGAACGCAUGGGUUUCGCUUGUGAAGACAUUACUCAAGAAUCACUUUCAUCAAGAUCAGAAUGGCGAUCAUGCCAAGUCGUCUUCCUUGCUGCACUUGUUGGUAGGGAUACCCACACGAAGCUCAACAUACUAAAAAGUAUGGCGAGGAAGUUGAUGCCAGGGACAUUGAUGGUGGCGAGAAGUGCGCAGGGUAUGCGGAGUGUGUUAUAUCCAAUACUGGAGCUAUCUGAAGAUCUCCAAUCCAUUGGUUUCGAGAUUCUCGCUGAAGUACAUCCCUGGACUAAAGUCGUCAAUUCUGUAAUCGUUCUUCGCGUCAAGGAGAGGUGA